AUGGCGACUACGAACCCGUUCGAUUUGCUAGGGGAUGAUGAUGCCGAGGAUCCAUCGCUGCUGAUCGCUGUUCAGCAGCAGAAGAUCGCGCCGAAGAAAGCUCCUGCAUCGGCGCCGGUGGCUCAGCAGCCCCCGUCCAAGCCGGCGGCUAAGUUGCCUUCCAAGCCUCUUCCACCAGCUCAGGCUGAUGGUAUUUGCCGCAAGCAAAGAAUAGAGAAAAUUGAGUUCAUCAACGAAGUUGCAAUAUUGAUUAUUGGCUGGAUUACUAUGGGUCGCGCUAUGUAUUAUGUUGUAAGGCAGUGGCUUUAUGGGAUGCUUAACACACUAAAUGAUAGUGGCACUAAAUUUUCUGUUUUGUGUGUUUGGUAGUAUGAUUAAUCUGUUGGCUUAAUAUGUAAGAUGCUGGGGUUAGAACAUGGAAUUCUCUAAAAGCAUAUUUUUUGGUGGUUAUGGUGAAAAAUUGUAAAAUGCAGCUGCAGGUACCUUUUUGAUUUCACUAUUGGAAUUGAGCUAUAAUGGCAAUGCCAAAAUCUCUUAUUUUUAUUUCUCUCAGUACCAUACUAGGCAUAUAUCAGUUAGUUUCUUUUUCUAUUUUUGUUUUUCCAUCAGUUGGUAGUGUCUAAGGCUUCAUUAAAGUUUCCAAGUUACAUGGGAAUCCUAGUGAUGUGCUUGGUUAAGGCCCAAAUACAGACAGACGAUAAGAAAUUUUAGUGGGUUAUCUGUCUUUUAGUAUUUUGUUUGUAUAUAUGCUAGGGGUGGCUGUGCAAGUCUCCUCUAUGUACAAGUUUUCAUUUUUGCUAUUUUCAUUGUUAGUUGUGUUGGAACAAGGGGAAUAUAGUUUUGUUGGUGGACUUGAAUUGGGCAUAGCAUAAGUAGGUGGAUCCUUUUAUGAUUGUGGAGUUCCUGAUGAUUUAUAGUCUGUUGGAUUUAUUUGAAGUAUUUCAGAUUGUAGGUCAUUUGUUUAUAUUUUAGUAUUUAGUUUUGUUAUGUUUUUCCCAUAUUGUGAUGACUUUCUGUAAGCUGUACUACAGGGAAAGCAGGAAGAACACGUGUAGCAUCAAAUCUGUAGACAAAAUAUUUCCUUAAACCUUAUACUGAUGUUGGCAGGUAUUGGAAUGCUAAGCUAUCCCAAAAGUGUAUUGGUGUGUGUAUUGUCACAUGUGCCUUAGGGGGCUAUGCACUGAAAAUGGCAUUCAGUUAUAUUUGUUCGGUGGAGUUUCAUGGAGGCACAAUCUGACUAGAUACCCAUGGAAUAUUUGUUUCUUUAUUUUAGUGGUGUUGGGAUGUGACUUACUGUGAUGGUGGUUCUGUCCAAUCAUACUCUCGCUUCAUUUUGUUUUCUUUCUUAUUAUUAUUAUUAUUUUUUUGGCAUUCUAAAUUAUUCUCUUUUGUUUGUAAAUGGCUUUUCAUACCUGUGAAGAAAUUUCUGCUGCUCGACUAUUAUGGGAAUUGAAGUUGAUGCAAUCCUUGCAUGUUGUCUUAAUUUCAGCUUUACAACAUGCUUUGUAAGCCCUCUUAUUUACUUCCGUACUUCUUUGCUUGCUUUGCUUGUUUGUAUCUUUGAGUAGUCAAGGAGGUAAAAGAGGAAGUUGCACGUGGCGGAGGUCGUGGUAGAGGACGUGGAUAUGGGCGUGGUCGUGGAGGUGGAUU